AUGGGGUUGGAUAUAGCACAAUUUCUUGAGAACAAGACCAUCUUAGUCACCGGAGCAACUGGCUUUCUCGCCAAGAUUCAAAGACUCUUCCUGUUCGGUUUGAACAUGGGGUUGGAUAUAGUACAAUUUCUUGAGAACAAGACCAUCUUAGUCACCGGAGCCACUGGCUUUCUCGCCAAGAUUUUUGUGGAGAAGCUGCUUCGAAUUCAACCAAAUGUCAAGAAAAUAUAUGUUCUUAUCAGAGCUAUGGACAAACAGGCAGCGACACAAAGGUUGCAUGAAGAGCUCAUACAGAAGAAGUUAUUCGGCAUUCUGAGGGAAGAAUGGGCAGAGAACUUCAACUCAAUUGUGGAGAAAUUGUCUCCAAUUCCUGGGGACGUUUCUUGCGAGAAUUUGGGAGUACAUGAUUUCGAUUUGAGAUUGGAGAUGUGGAGAGAAAUAGACAUAAUUGUCAGUUCGGCCGCGACUACCAAAUUCGACGAAAGAUAUGACAUUGCACUAGCCGUCAAUACAUUAGGAGCUAAGCAUGUUGCUGAAUUUGCUGUAAGAUGUGUCAACAUAAAGAUGCUACUUCACAUAUCAACUGCAUAUGUAUGUGGCAAUAUGACUGGGAUUAUACAAGAAAAGGCAUUUAGUAUGGGUGAGACACUCAACGGGUCAAGGAAGUUGGAUGUGAAUGAAGAGAAACUCUUGGUUGAAGAAUUGAUGAACGAACUUCGAGAAAGGAAUGCUUCAGAGAGAGAAAUCACCAUUGCUUUAAAGAAUUUAGGCUUGCAAAGGGCAAGGCUGCAUGGUUGGCCAAACACAUAUACUUUAACGAAGGCAAUGGGGGAAAUGAUGAUGCAGCAUCAUCUCAAAUAAAAUAUACCGCUUGCUGUUAUGAGACCCACAAUCAUAACAAGUACUUACCGAGAACCUUUUACUGGUUGGAUUGAGGCUGUGACUAUUGACCCAGUUUUGACGAUUCAUUCGGAAGCUUUGAGAGCCACUGCCGCUAAGAGCGGAGUAGACUUGGAAAGCGUCAUCUACUUUGAUUCGAGAUGGAUCUAUUUGGUCGACCAUCGCAAGAAAACUCAAUUUCCUGGAGUUGGCAAUGCCUUCAAGCUCAGAUUGUGUCAGGAAGAGCCUCCUUUGUCUACAAUUAUUGUUGUCAGCAAUAAUGUGUAUUGCGGUGCAAAGGACGAAGGUGGAGACUCAUGUUGA